UCUAACAUAAGGUGUGGUUAUUUUUGCAGGGAGCUCGAACAUCUAAAACCCUGCCCAUUUAAAAUUAGAGCAUGUAUUAGUUACACAAGCGGAUUCUCCGGAGAGCACUUCCCCCUCUGUUUGUGUUUGAUCUAUAUGAUCUUCGGGAAGCACAUCCUCGAAGUCCUCCGUUUAAAUCGAAUCUUAGAUCUAAUGUUUACCAUCUUUACCAAGCCCAAGUAGAAGAGAAAAAAAAAACAUUACAAAAUACAGUAUGAUAUAUAGCACGUGUCUUUAAUCAUUACCAUAAUAAACUAUUGUUACCUUUCGCGAGCAUUGAGGUAUAUUGUUAUGUAAUAGUAGUCUUUAAAGAAAAGUCAAAGCUCGUCUCUACAAUCAUGGCGUCGAUGCCGACGAGCAAACAUCUUUUCCUGAUCUAUUACGUUUCCCUUCUUCUCUGCUUUGUAUCAUUGUCGUCAUCAUCAUCACCAUCUGAUCUAUCUGGUGUAUCUCUACCAUCUUCGUCGAAAGUCUCGCUGAGUCUGUACUAUGAGUCUCUCUGUCCUGCCUGUUCUUCGUUCGUAGUUGACCACCUCGUGAAGCUCUUUGAAGACGAUCUGAUAUCCAUCGUCGAUCUCCAUCUGUCUCCCUGGGGCAACACCUACCUCCGCCCCGACAAUGUCACUGCCCUUUGCCAGCACGGGGAAAAUGAAUGCUUCUUGGAUACGGUAGAAGCUUGUGCUAUUGAUGCCUGGCCGAAACUGAGCGAUCAUUUCCCUUUCAUCUACUGUGUUGAGAGUUUGGUGACAGAAGACAAGUAUGACAAGUGGAAGACUUGUUAUGAUAAGCUCAAUCUGAGCUCCAAGCCUGUUUCUGAUUGCCUCAGCAGUGGACAUGGACAAAAGCUUGAGUUGCAGUAUGCUGCAGAAACGAGUGCACUUCAGCCACCUCAUGAAUACGUUCCAUGGGUAGUCGUGGAUGGUCAGCCACUUUAUGAGGAUUAUGAAAAUUUCAUAAGCUACAUUUGCAAGGCUUAUAAAGGUGAUAAAGUGCCUGGCGCGUGUGCCAAGUAUUCAUCCGGCGACUUCAUUCGUAGUGUCAAAGUGAAUCGCUUCCCUCUGGUUUGCAUGAAAGGAGUCAAUACGAUGUUGGAUUUGUUGGAACGUAUCAAAACCUAUUUAUCCUCGUACGUCAACAUCAGAGGCUUGCUAUAAAACAACUUCACUUUCUUUCGUGCUAUGUAACAUGAUAGUCUAAAAUGUGAUAGGUCUCAAGUUACAUGACAAUCAAAUGUUGAUCAAAUUCUGUUCUCUCUUGUUUGACUUUUCACAUUUAAAUAAUGAAACUAAAACCACAAGUUCUAACAA